AUGAGAGGUCUACCUGUCAACGAGAAAUCACUUCUCCCUUCCAACACCCCUCUGACCGAGGAUGACAUAUUGAAGCCCAAAUCUGGCUGGCUAUCUCGUAAUGGAAAGAACUUAGGCCUCCUUUUCGGUCUUUUAUUGAUCCUUCAGCACAUAAUUACCUCCCACGACGUUGUAGGAGAUAUAUUCGAUCGAUCUUCUGUCGCACGUGGAGAAAGAAAAUCAAGCUGUCAAGAGGCUGAUGCUAUCUACCCUAAAGCCUAUAACGUAUCUUCCUUGGUCGUUGAUCAAAAGGAUAGAGUAAUCAAUUGGCUCGCUGGUGCUGUCAGAGUACCUACGGAAACUUUCGAUGAUUUUGGGAAAGUCGGUGAAGAUGAUAGGUGGGAUAAAUUUCACAAAUUCCAUGAAUAUCUCGAAAAGUCUUUUCCAUUAGUUCAUAAGCACCUUAAGAGGACACCUGUCUAUACCCAUGCCGUCCUGUUUGAAUGGGAAGGUACAGAUCCCUCUCUCAAGCCUUUACUUCUAAGUGGACAUUCCGAUACUGUACCUAUCUUGCCGGCUACCAGAAACCUAUGGAAACAUGACCCGUUCUCUGAAUACUAUGAUGGCGAGUAUAUAUGGGGUAGAGGGUCAAGUGAUGAUAAGUCUGGUCUCAUUGGAGCACUUGCUGCUGAGAUCGCUGGAAAUGGAGCUCUAGCACUGAGUCACCUUAUCGAAGAGAAAUAUGGUAAAGACUCAAUCGCGAUCCUCAUCGAUGAAGGAAACGGCGUGGACGAAGCGUGGGGUCAACUCUUCGCUGCUCCUGCGGUUGGGGAAAAAGGCUCAACCAACAUCCAAAUUAAGGUCGAAACUCAAGGUGGUCACAGUUCCGUUCCUCCUUCUCACACUGGUAUCGGUUACAUAUCCUUACUCAUUGCUGCCCUCGAAGCUCAUCCAUUCAAGCCGGAUCUACAGAUCGAUUCGCCCUUGGUGAACUAUAUCACCUGUGCCGCAGAUGCAGCACCUGGCAUUCCUAAAGAUCUCAAGAAGAAUGCCCUUAGACUUGCCAAUUCAGUUGAUUCGAAGAAGGGCAAAUUUGAUCGUAAAGCUUUGAAAGCCAUCGAAGAUUGGUGGGUAACAGGAAGUUAUGAAGAUGGAACUUUACCACAAGGCAAAGGGAGAGCUUUGGUCAGUACCACUCAAGCGGUUGAUAUCAUAAAUGGAGGUCUGAAAGUGAAUGCACUGCCUGAGAGUGUCAGCGCUGUAGUAAAUCAUCGGAUCAACAUCGCUUCAUCUGUCGCGAAGCUCAAAGAGCAUAUCGAAGCUGUAUUAGCUCCCGCUGCAACUAAAUUGAACCUGUCAAUCGAAGCUUUCGGAAAGAAAGUCAGUCUUCUUGAAGGACCUAAAGCUGGGAAGGUCAUCGUGGACACGACCAAGUUUGGUCUUGACCCGGCACCCCUAUCCCCUUUCACACUUGAUGAUCCAGCUUGGAGGGUCUUUACCGGUACUGCCAAAGGAGUGUAUGCCACCAGACCUGAAGCUUACAUCAACGAAGAUGAAGCGAAGAAGGAAAUUUUCACCGUUCCCGCUCUAUCUACAGGUAACACCGAUACAAGACAGUACUGGAACUUGACUCGUAACAUCUACCAAUUUGCGUACCAACAUGGAAAGAAUCAACACCUUAACAACGCCCAUACAGUAAAUGAAGCUAUUUCGGCCGAUGUCUUUGUUGAACAAGUCAGGUGGUUCUUGAACUUCAUCGUCAACGUUGACGAAGCUACUGAUCUCUAG